GCGGGACCGGUCCAACGCGGCGGGGAUCCAGAGGCCGGCGGCGCCGGGCAGCGCCCGCGGAGGCCGAGGCGGGGCGGGACCGGGUGCCAGGUCCGGGUCGCUGGGAGGGCGGCACAGCCCAGGCGCGGUCGACGAGCCGCUCGGGCGUCCCGGGACCGCGUCUCCUCCACGGUGCGAAGUGGUACGGCCCGCAGGGGCGGGGCCCAGGUCAUGUGACGCGGCCGCGGCCGCCAUUUUGUUCUGCGGUGCUGGUAUUUAGAGCGCAGCGGCUGACGGGCCGGAUCGCCUUCCCCGCCGCCCGUCUGCUCGCGUUCGCUCCCUGCGCGUCCUUGCCCUCGCUUCCGCCACUGCCCGCAGAGCUCGCCCCCUCCCCACCCGCAGACAUGUCAGAGUCCAAGAACAGCCCCGAGUAUGCUUCGUUUUUCGCCGUCAUGGGCGCCUCGGCCGCCAUGGUCUUCAGCGCCCUGGGCGCUGCCUAUGGCACGGCCAAGAGCGGCACCGGCAUUGCGGCCAUGUCCGUCAUGCGGCCGGAGCUGAUCAUGAAGUCCAUCAUCCCAGUUGUCAUGGCUGGCAUCAUUGCCAUCUACGGCCUGGUGGUGGCAGUCCUCAUCGCCAACUCCCUGAAUGAUGACAUCAGCCUCUACAGGAGCUUCCUCCAGCUGGGCGCUGGCCUGAGCGUGGGCCUGAGCGGCUUGGCAGCUGGCUUUGCCAUCGGCAUUGUGGGGGACGCCGGCGUGCGGGGCACCGCCCAGCAGCCCCGACUAUUCGUGGGCAUGAUCCUGAUCCUCAUCUUCGCCGAGGUGCUCGGCCUCUACGGUCUCAUCGUCGCCCUCAUCCUCUCCACAAAGUAGCCCCUCUCCAAACCCACCAGCCACAGAAUAUUAUGUAAAGACCACCCCUCCUCAUUCCAGAACGAACAGCCUGACACACACGCACGGGGCCGCCGCCCCCAGUAGUUGGUCUUGUACAUUCGCAGUGUCCUAGUGCCCAUCGUCUGUUGCCCCGGCCUUGCCCCCUCCCGCCCCGUGCCGUGGACAUCUGGGCCCACUCAUCGCCCCUCCAGGCCCCCGGCGCCCCACCCCCUAGAGUGCUCUGUGUAUGCGGAUGAUGUAGAGUUGUCAUUUCUCUUAACUGGAUGUUUAUUUAUAAAGAUCUGGCCUGUUCUUGCAUCUGCGGAGCGGCCCUCGUCUCCCAGCUAUCUAUAACCUUAGCUAGAGUGUCGCCUUGUGGGUUCCUGUUGCUGAGACUUCUGGAUGGAGCCGCCCUCGCCCCCGGGCCCUUGGCCCUGCGCGGAGCUGUGUCCAAUAAAGUUCUCGGAUGUGUC